AUGUGGUCCAAUAUUAGUGGGGAUCCCUUUUUGCUGACUGGCUUCCCAGGUCUGGAGGCCGCUCAUCACUGGAUCGCCAUCCCCUUCUUUGCUGCCUACGUCUCUGUGAUGCUUGGCAAUGGCACACUCCUCUACCUUAUCAAGUGCGACCACAUUCUUCAUGAACCCAUGUAUUAUUUCCUUGCCAUGCUGGCAGGCACAGACCUCACAGUGACAUUGACCACGAUGCCUACUGUGAUGGGUGUCUUAUGGGUGAAUCACAGGGAGGUGAGCCACGGGGCCUGCUUCUUGCAGGCCUACAUUAUCCACUCUCUUUCCAUUGUGGAGUCGGGUAUCUUGCUUGCAAUGGCUUAUGAUCGUUUUAUUGCCAUCCGUACCCCUCUGAGGUAUAACUCUAUCCUUACCAAUUCCAGGAUGAUGAAGAUAGGGCUGGGGGUUCUAUUGAGGGGCUUUUUAUCCCUUGUGCCCCCAAUCCUGCCACUCUAUUGGUUCCCAUAUUGCCGUUCCCAUGCUCUUUCCCAUGCCUUUUGCCUCCACCAAGAUGUCAUGAAACUCGCCUGUGCCGAUAUUACAUUUAAUCGCUUAUACCCAGUUAUUCUGGUUGCCGUGACUUUCUUCCUAGAUGCUCUGAUCAUUGUCUUUUCUUAUAUCUUAAUCCUUAAGACAGUUAUGGGCAUUGCCUCCAGAGAGGAGCAAGCUAAAGCUCUCAACACUUGUGUUUCCCAUGUUAGCUGUGUCCUGGUAUUUUACAUCACUGUGAUCGGCCUGACUUUCAUCCAUAGGUUUGGAAACCAUACACCACAUGUGGUUCAUAUUACAAUGAGCUAUGUUUACUUUCUCUUUCCCCCACUCAUGAACCCCAUUAUAUACAGCAUCAAGAUCAAGCAGAUUCAAAAAAGUAUCAUUCAUCUAUGUUCUGGGCACACUAGAUCUUGA